UAAUGCUCUGAAACUCAGUCAUACACAGCACUGUUAACUACAGGAUUCCCAGAAGCAGCACCAAGGCUGGAGUGCUUUAAGCUUCUGAAGAUGAGGUUCUGUAUCCUAUUGCUCUUUGCCAGUAUCUUCCUAACCUCGUGGCUCUCUACUGCCAAAGGUGAAGUAGAAGUGAAAUGCUUAGCUCCUCAUAUUCCAAAUGGUAACUACACACCUCACAGGAUUAACUACACAGCUGAAGAUGAAAUACAGUAUGAAUGUACAGAUGGCUUCUACCCUACAACCCAGGGAACUGUUGCAAAGUGUACAAGUACUGGAUGGAUUCCUGCUCCAAGAUGUAGUUUGGAACCUUGUGAUUUUCCACAAUUCAAAAAUGGAUAUUUAUAUCAUGAAAACAUACGUAGAUCUUACUUCCCAGUACCUAUAGGAAAGGAGUUCAGCUAUUACUGUGACAAUGGGUUUUUGACACCUUCAGGAUCAUACUGGGACUACCUUCGUUGUACAAGACAAGGGUGGGAGCCUGAAGUCCCAUGCCUCAAGACAUGUUUAAAGUCAGAUAUUGAAAUUGAGAAUGGAUUUCUUUCUCAAUCUGAUUCUAAAUAUCUUCAAAAUAAGAAAGCACAGUAUAUGUGUAAACAGGGAUAUGUGACAGCAGAUGGAGAAACAUCUGGAUCAAUUACCUGCCUAGAAAAUGGAUGGUCAGCUCAACCCUCAUGCCUUAAGUCGUGUGAUGUGCCUGUGUUUGAGAAUUCUGUAACUAAGAAUAAUAGCACAUGGUUUAAACUCAAUGACAAAUUAGACUAUGAAUGUCACAUUGGAUAUAAAAACAAGUAUAAACAUACCAAAAGCUCCAUAACUUGUACUUAUGAAGGAUGGUCUGAUGAACCCACAUGUUAUGAUUCAACAAAGAUAUGUGGGCCUCCUCCACCUAUUGAGAAUGGAGACAUCACAUCCUUCCCACUACCAGUAUACAUACCACCAUCAUCAGUUGAUUAUCAGUGCCAGUAUUUGUAUCAAAUGCAGGGCAACAAAACAAUCAUAUGUAUAAAUGGAGACUGGUCAGAGCCACCAAAAUGUUUACGAAUGGCAUGCAAACCUCCUGAUAUUCCAAAUGGUAUCUACUCACCUCAAAGGGUUACCUACACAGCUCAAGAUGAAAUAAAAUUUGAAUGUAAAGACGGUUUCUACUCUGCAACCCAGGAAACUGUAGCAAAGUGUACAAGUACUGGAUGGAUCCCUGCUCCAAAAUGUAUGAAACCUUGUGAGUUUCCACAGAUUAAAAAUGGAGGUCUAUAUCAUGAGAGGAGACGAAGACCCUACUUCCCAGUACCUAUAGGAAAUGAGUACAGCUAUUACUGUGACAAUGGGUUUUUGACACCUUCUCUGUCAUACUGGGACUACCUUCGUUGCACAGAAAAAGGGUGGGAGCCUGAAGUCCCGUGCCUCAAACAAUGUGUUUUCCAUUAUGUGGAGAAUGGGGAAUCUUCAUACUGGCAAAGAAAAUAUGUAGAGGAACAGGCUGUAAAAGUCCAGUGUUACAAUGGCUAUAGUCUUCCAAAUGGUCAAGACACGAUUACAUGUACAGAGAAUGGCUGGUCCCCUCCUGCCAAAUGCAUUAAAUCGUGUGAUGUGCCUAUAUUUGAGAAUGCUGGAACUAACAAUGAUAGCACUUGGUUUAAACUCAAUGACAAAAUAAACUAUGAAUGUCAUGUUGGAUAUGUGAACAAACAUAAACAUACCAAAGGCUCUAUAACUUGUCAUCAUGAUGGAUGGUCUGACAUACCCUCAUGUUAUGAUUCAACAAAGAUUUGUGGGCCUCCUCCACCUAUUGCCAAUGGAGACACCACAUCCUUCCCACUACCAGUAUACAUACCACCAUCAUCAGUUGAAUAUCAGUGCCAGUCUUUAUACCAACUGCAAGGCAACAAGACAAUAAUAUGUAUAAAUGGAGAGUGGUCUGAUCCACCAAAAUGUUUACAUCCAUGUAUAAUAUCAAUAGAAAUUAUGAGGAAGCAUAACAUAACUUUCAGAACGGAAGAAAACCAAAGGCUGUAUUACCAAUCAGGGGAGAUGCAAGAAUUUAAGUGUAAAAAUGGACAUCAUCUGGCAACAACUCAACCGUUGAUUACAAUAUGCAUUAAUGGUCACCUCAAUUACCCUGUUUGCACAAAAUAACAUUUAAAGUAUUAGUAGAACUUACAUAUACAUCUUUGUUCCACUAAGGUGCAUGUUAUUAUCAAUACAGUAAGAGCUUUACUUUUGAACUCUUGCUUAACUCAUUUUCAUUUAUAAGUAUAAGCUUGUAUUGAUGUAUGAUGAUUAAUCUGGAAACUAAGAGACUGCAGACACCAAGGAAAAUACACUUUUUUCAAAGCUCCUAAACCAAAACAUGAUAUAUACUAGCACAAAAACCAGUUGCAAUAAUUAGAUAUUAACUUCUCUGUCUUUAUCCACUAAUUUCCCAAAUCUUUCAAAGCUUCUGCUAUACCCUAUGAAAUAAAGCUCUGAUUCACAGUGAACAUAAAACAUGUUCUGAGUCUUCAAAACUGUAUAAUUUCACAAAUAUGUAAGAAAAUUAUCAUAUUUAUAUUGCUAAUGGAUAUAAGUAAGACUGUGUAUUGCUUUAGUUGGUAAUUAAUAAGUAGGAAGAUUUUUGUGAAAGAACAUCUUGAUGUGUGACUUUUUAUUUUAAUUUUUUCAAGCAAUUAUACAAUGACUUAAAUUUUAAUUACAUGUAUGAUUACAGUGACUAUCACAAUAUUGGCACUAAAACCUAUGAACAUUUUGUGUAACUUGCGAACAAGCAAGAAGCAGCAUAUUCUCUGCAAAAAUAGAAAGAAAAAUACAUGUUAAACAAAAUAGACAUGUCUUAAGAAA